AUUAUUUAUGAAAGAUUUGUAUCUAAAUGACUUAUUCUUUUUAAGUUUAGCCAAUCUUCACUAGAAUGGCUUAAUAAUUAUCCUCCAUUUAAUCAUACAAUAAAUGAAAUUCCAAUCGUUUUUAUUAAUAAAAUUAAAAAUAUUUUCAAUACUUAAUUUAAUUUAACAUGGCAGAAUAGUGCUUUGAAUUUAAGAUUCAAGAAUAAAAUUAAAAUUUUUGUUAAAAAUUUCAACAUGAAAUAUAUAUAUAUAUAUAUUUCAAGAUUCAAACUCAUUCUAUCCAGAUAAUUUAAUUUCUUUUCAUAACUUCGUAAUAAUAUUUAUCAUUAUAAUUACUUCAUUGACACUAUUUUAUAUUGACUUUAUAACAAAUAGAUUUACUCAAAAAUCAUACAGUCGAGAUUGUCUGGACUGUUAUACCUAUAAUAAUUCUUUUGACUAUUUGCUACCCGUCUCUGAAAAUUCUAUACUUUAUUGAUGAAAUAAUAAAUCCUUAUUUUUCAAUUAAAGCUAUCGGACGUCAAUGAUAUUGAUCUUAUGAAUAUCCUGAGUUCAGUAACUAUAAAAUUAACAGUUAUA